CCAUUGGCCGUGGCUGAUUGCCUCAUCGGUGAGGGUCGCUGAGACCCCUCAAAAGCUCUUGCGAAGAAGCGAAGAAGAAGAUGACGUAGAAGAAACUGGCACGUAGAACGAACGAUACCUUGCAAAGUCGAUGACAUCUCUGGCCCUCGCGAAUAGCUGUUUCUUAAUUCCAAUCCACAUGGCGACGAAGCAACCACUGCAGGCGCGCCCGUCUUUGUCCAACAUUCGCGUGGCUAUUGAGGAGGACAAGACGCCACCAUUGUCAGAAAAAAGACGAGUUCUUCGCAACCUACUUGUGCUUAGCAUGAGCUUCCUGCUCCUCUUCACCGCCUACCAGUCACUGCAGAACCUCCAGAGCAGCAUCAAUGCGGAAGGAGGACUCGGGACGGUCUCUCUGGCUACAGCUUAUACCACCCUCGUUACCUCCUGCAUGUUUCUGCCCAGUUACAUGAUUUGUCGCCUAGGGCUGAAGUACACAAUGGUUUCUGCGAUCUGUAUGUAUCUGUUGUACUUCUUUGCCAACAUGAAGCCAAUGUGGUUCACACUUUUGCCAGCGUCUUUCAUUCUGGGAGUGGGAGGAGCGCUGCUUUGGACAGCCAAAUUUUCCUAUCUCACAGCGCAGGCCCAUUUGUAUGCCGACCUUGUAGGUGCUUUGGACGCUGCACCAUUUGUGACUGGAUUUUUUGGUAUCUUCUUCAUGCUAUUCCAGACUGCUCAAAUUUGGGGCAAUUUAACCUCGUACCUGGUUCUGCGGUCCUCAGACAGUCCAGACGCCGUUCACACUUCCAACCUAGGUCUCUGUGGGUCUUCCUUCCACCCCAAGGAAGAUGUGAAGCAACUCAACAGCACAAAGCUUGGCAGCGUCACCUCGCUCCAGAUACUGACACUGAGUGGCCUGUAUGCCUGCUUGGGGAUAUCUGCGAUACUAAUAAUGGUAUUGUUUCUGGACCCCAUCUCGAACGAGCUUAUGGAGACCAGUCCACCACUGCCGUAUAUCACCGAGACCAUAGAUCACAUGAGAAACGCCUACCAACUGUUGAUCAUUCCCCUGACAAUAUACAGUGGAAUGCAACAGGCCUUUCUGUGGGGAGACUUCACGCAAGCCUUCGUAGGGUGUUCCUGGGGUGUACAGUACAUUGGGUUUGUCAUGAUGGCAUACGGCGUGAUGGACUCCAUCUGGUCUAUGGUGUUUGGCCUCCUGGUGAGAACGGUGGGACGAGUUUCGUUGGUACUAACGGCGGCUGUGCUCGAUCUUGCCAUGAUGGUGCAUAUGGUCCUGUGGAAGCCGAUGGCGGAAGAUUUGUUCAACUAUUUCUUGAUAGCCAUCCUGUGGGGAGUGGCCGACGCGUCUUGGCAGACACAGAUUAACUUAAACUGGCAGAAAAAUCAGUCUGACGGAAGGAUAUUACAAUCAAAAGAACUCUACUUCCAAAAGUGGAAUCCAGUAGGAUGACAAACACCCAGAGUUGUACCCAAUCAAGUCACCUCUUCGUCUAUGUGUGCGUGCCUCUUAGCACGGCAAAGCUGUACCGCUGUCGACCCCCCAAACGGCGGCGGACAUGAGGAUUUUCCUGACUCAUUUUUCCAGCGAUUUACCCCAGGACGUCAACCACCUUACUCUCUGCCCAUUACUGGUACCGGCAGUUCCCGAAGUCUGGCGGACCAUUGGCCGCCGACCCAUCUGCUACCACUGCGGUGAAGUUGGUCAUGUGUAUCGUCAUUGCCCGUAUCGACGUCUAGAACUACGAGGGUUUACAGUCAACGCGCCACGGCCGAAGCCUGGC